AUGCAGUUCCCCGUGGGUCCCGCCUGCAUCUUCUUGAGAAAAGGCAUUGCGGAGAAGCAGCGGGAAAGACCACUGGGACAAGAUGAGAUUGAAGUGGGGGGCCGUGUAGAUUUUGAUGACUUUGUGGAGCUGAUGACCCCCAAAUUGCUCGCAGAAACAGCUGGGAUGAUUGGGGUCCAAGAGAUGCGAGAUGCCUUCAAGGAGUUCGACACCAACGGGGACGGGGAGAUCACACUGGGGGAGCUGCAGCAGGCGAUGCAGAGGCUUCUGGGAGAAAGGCUCACGUCCCGGGAGAUCUCCGAGGUGGUCCAGGAGGCCGACAUGAACGGGGACGGCACCGUGGACUUCGAAGAGUUUGUGAAGAUGAUGUCUCGUUGA